CAUUUAGAAAGGAAGGUAUUGUGACUCUUAAAGUCAUAUUUCAUGUUUUGAACAAAUAUGCACGUAUGUGUACGCUUCUAAUUAAUUCGGAUUAUCAAGAAUGCGUAAUUAAUAUGUACCAAUUUUCGCACUUUAAAAUUAUAGCGCUGAAAGAACGUAGGAACCUAUUCUAAAUGUUGGCCUGUCCUUUGUUUACAAAGUAUUUUAAAGCUUAAAACAGCAAUACAACUAACAGUAUCAGAAGCGGAAUCUUUCAACUAGAAGCGGUUUAACUUAUAUUUGUACUACCAAGGAUUACAAAAAAGCAACAACGGCAAGGAAAGUGUGCACAAUGGCUGCUCUUGGCGUGGCACUCUUGACGUCGCUCGCUUUAACAACUCUAGCAAAUGAUCGUAUACGGGUUUGCUACUACUCAAACUGGUCCCAGUACCGUCCCGGAGCCGGCAAGUUCUUUCCUAGUGACAUAGAUCCGUUGCUUUGUACCCAUUUAAUCUACGCGUUUGCAAAACUUGACUUCAAGUCUGAAAUGACGUUUUUUGAAUGGAAUGACGAUAAAUUAUAUGUCCAAUUCAAUGGCUUAAAAACCCAAAAUCCAAACCUUAAAACGCUGCUUGCAAUUGGAGGAUGGAACGCCGGUAGCAAAGUGUAUUCGGACAUGGUUACAGACGUCACUCUGAGGGAAAAGUUCGCGCAGAAGUCGGUGCAGUUUUUGAGAAAAUGGGGCUUUGAUGGUCUAGAUAUGGACUGGGAAUAUCCAGCAUUGAGAGGCGGGCGUCCAGAAGAUAAACAGAACUUUAUAGAACUGUUGAAGGAUGUGGAGAAAGAGAUAGAUAAAGACCAAAUUCAGAAUCCAGGAAAGUCCAGACUUUUGCUAACAGCCGCUGUCGCUGCCGGAAAAUCAAACAUUGACGCCGCCUACAACAUUACCGAAAUGACAAAGUAUGCUUCCAUUACUCAAAACCUUUGUGAAAUCUUAAUGAGUUUUCUCUGUAUAUAUAAAUAUAUAACUGAACAGGACUGGGCCGCAAAAUACUGGGUACAACAAGGAACCCCGAAGGAAAAGUUAAUAAUUGGCCUGGCAACAUACGGCCGCCAUUUCCGGUUAUCGAACCCGAGUAAUUUCCAAGUCGGAGCCCCAGCAGCAGAAGGCGGCACAGCAGGGCUUUACACCAGGACGAAAGGCUUCCUCGCUUACUAUGAGAUCUGUGACAUGCUUUCUAAAGGCGCCAAUCGUUAUUGGGAACCAGAACAUAUGGUUCCUUACCUUGUCAGUGGAGACCAGUGGGUGGGGUAUGACGAUGAAGAAAGUAUAGAAAUAAAGUUAAAGUAUAUAAAGGAGAAGGGAUAUGGUGGUGCAAUGGUGUGGAACAUUGACAUGGAUGAUUUCAAUCAACAAUGUUCCCUUUCCGAACGUCGUUACCCAUUAAUGAGCCUCAUGGCGGAAGUACUUGGAGGGUACAUCCCACCAUCAACAGAGAGACCAACGAAGGGGUCCACAAUUAUAACACAGGGACCAACAGAGGGUACUGACCGUACAGAAACUCCGGGAGAGUUUUGUGCCAACAAGGCCGAUGGUAUGUACAGCUAUCCCGAGGACUGUAGGAAGUACUACCACUGUGGCAGCUCCAUGACCUUUGUGAAGAGUUGUAGCGCAGGCUUGUAUUGGAACCCCUCUAUAAACAACUGUGACUGGGCAGCCAACGUGGACUGUGGAGCUCAAUAAAUCAACUUUACUUACCAGUUUGAAUUUUUCACUAACUUCUCUCAGCCUUAGAAACGAAUAUGCAGACACGGAGGACGGACCUUAUCCAGAUCAAAGAGAUUGUCACGACUUCUUCCGGUGUGAAAAUGGCCAGAAACAUCCGGGCAGCUGUGGAAAAUAUCUACAAUUUAACCAUUCAAUAUAUAACGCAUGAACUAGUAUUUGAAAUCAAACAUGAGCUUUAGUGGACAAUAAUUGUAUCUAUUCAUUUAUCUUUAUUUAAUUUAAUGAAAUACGCAGUAAAGUAAAAAGACAAAUUUUGUUCAAACACUUACCUGCAUUUUGCUUGCACCCUCUCUGUGGCAACAUUACUGGAAAACGCUCGCUCUUCAAAUAUGUGAUGACCAUAAUUUUUGUACACGAAGUGUCGACUUGCCUGCUUAGUUAUUUGUGAAGGAAUGAACCGGGUUUGGGAUAUAAAAUGACCAAAAUGACCACACCGCGUGAAAUUGAUAAAUCGAGGCACGUUAUAUUGUAUAGACUGGAUUGAAAUAACAGAAGCAGACAUUUUAGCUCUUGCGUGCCUACUGAAAAAUAACAUUUUAUUUCUCAAGACAACAUAAAUUGCUUUAUUGUUAUUAUUUUAUUCAUUUCAUGUUCUUCUGCAACCUGGCUAUAAGCGAGUAUCAUUAUCAUUAUUAUUUAUCAUAAUCACUUUUAUUUUCAUUUCUGUCUGUUUUUUUUUCCAAGUUGGGAGCUUCAUGCGGAAUGAAUAUACAGUCAGGUGCCAGAUUAAUGUCCAAAAUGGCUGCCAGUAUUGGACGUUUUUAUCAGAUGUGUGGUAAUAAAUUGUCAAUAACAUGAAAACUAAGAAAGGAACUUACUUGAAAUUUUCAGUACUUGGUGAUACAUCCACCCUCAAUCGUUUUGGUAGUUGCUGAUAAAGUGAUUUUAUGUAAGUUGGACUCAAUGACCUCCAGACUUCCAGAACAUUAUCAAUAAUGUCCUGUCUAGAUUUGAUGUCACCUACUCUUUUUUUGUAGUUUCUGUUUCAAAAUUUUUCCGGACAUUUUCGAUUAUAUUGAUAUCUGGGGACUGUGGAGGCCAGUUCAUGCAAGGAAUCUGGUUUUCCUGUUUCCACUGUGUGGUCUCUCGAGAUUGUGCACUGAUGCAUUAUCCUCUUGGAAAAUGUAGGCCCUAUUAGUUGGAAGAUAAGCAAUGACAGGCCACCAAAUGUUCAUCAAGCACUUCAAUAUACUUCUUAGAAUUAAUGUUACCCUCAACAGGCCCUAAGGUACCUACACCUUCAUGUCUCAGACAUCCCCAGAACAUAACACUCAGCAGGGGCACAUACUUUUCCUUGUACACUGCUAAACACCUGGGUCACACUUUCUCCUCAUUAGUUCUCCAAACAUAAACACGCUUAUCUUUGCAAAUAACUACUUGGGUUUCAUCUGAAAAAAAAAUGCUAGACCAGUCUUCCUCUGUUUUCAAGUGAAGAUGAGAUCUAACAAAGGCCCUCUGUUGCUGCGAUGCUGGCUGUCUUCUUUACUACUCUUCUGUAGUAUCCAUAAAAAUGCAGUCUUCUCUGGACAGUUCUUUUUGACAGUGUAUAUGGUGUACUUUUAUUAUUUUCACUUGUUAAUUCAGUUAAAGUCUUCCUUUUGUUAGUUUUCACCACCUUUAAAAGCACCCUGUCUGUCCUCACAUUUGUCUUCUUUUUUCUUCCACUUUUCCCAACCCGCUUGUUUACAGUGAUGUUUUCUAAAUUUUCAGCCUGUUUCAAACGUUUUAAACAUUUAUUGACUGUAGAACUAUCUAUUUUCAAUAAUUCUGCAAUUUUUCUUCCACUAUAACCAUAAUCAUGUAAUGAUAAUAUGGUAUCUUUCACAGAUAGAGUCAAAUCUUUACCUCUUCUACCCAUGCCACUUUAGCAGAUGAAAUAUCAAAAUGUAAACAAACCAGUUACUUCCCUUUUAGAAAAUCUUUAGGGGCUAAUAUAGAUUGUUACCCUGAAAAAUUAUCCCACCCUUAAUUGGAUUCUAAUUGAAAGAAAACACACUUUGAAUUUGGAGUUCCCCUGUAAAUCAAUAACUUGGCGGCCAUUUUGAGGACAUUAAUUUGGCACAUGAGUGUACAUCUCUUUGUAUAAGGCUCCCAGGGGUGCGUAAUUCAGAGGGAGCGUUAUGUGGUCACACAGAGCUAUACCUAUUCUUCAUACCAACGCUGGUAAAAAGGAUAUCUUGCUGUUUAUAAACUUGUGUUCUGACAUUAAAUUAAUAAAAUUAUUGUUGCUUUUUCUAACAUACUCUUAUGAAUCGCGUUUGUUGUAAUUUGAAUCUACGUUCUUUUCAGUCUGUGAUACUAUAAUCAUAAAUGUCUGAGUGAAUUAUUGUAGUUUCCGUGUUUAUAUUUGUUUUUGUACAUUUUAAUUAUUUUUGCUUAAAGUAUGUCUUUGUUAUCCAAGGUCUAACAUGUUAAAUGGUAUCCAAGGUUGUUAAAAUUAAAUUAUCUGUUGUA